AACGGAGAGAGAGAGAGAGCAUCCGGGUCCAUUCCGCGUUGUCGCGGACGCCAUGUUGAACCCGCACCGUCAGUCCGUGUUGGCCAAUGGUUGCGUGAAAGCCUCCGUCGACCCCAUUACCCGGACCCCUGGCACCAUCUAUGAACCCAAAGGGCAAGUUCGGCUCCUGGGCCUGCUUUCGGAAAGCUCUCCUUCCCGGCAGGAGGAAUACCUGGACGCAGGAGGCGGGAUGCUGAUCUGCAUGAAACGGACCAGGAAGAAAGGUCCCAAUCCAUCAAGGAAGGGCUGCUCUUUGGAGGCUCAAAAUUCGGCCCCAAGCCUGGGUGAUGGCACAGAGGCUGGGUCCAAUCCAGACCCAAACAGGGGCUUGGUUUCUCCCACUCCAGAGGCCAACGCCAUCUCGCCCAGCCCUUCGCUGGUUCCUGAGUCCACCACGCCUCCACGCCCCGGCUCUUUCCCUUUCCACUGGAUGUGGGAGAGCUUCUCCGUCAAAGGCCAGGGCGUGUAUCAGGAUCAAGCCCCGGAGAAGACCAAGAAGAAGCGGUCUCCUCGGACCUCCGCCCUCUCUGUCCGUGAGCCCCCCAGCACGCCAGAGCCGGUGGUCACAGGCGGAAAGGACAGCCACAGCUCGUUGGCCUCCGGGCCGUCGGCGGGUGCCGAGGGCUCCCGAUCCAGGCCCCCGAAGCAUCGCCAACACGGGGGGCUGACUCCCGGGAGCGCUCUCUUGCCCCUCUACUGGAAGGUGGAGGCCCGCUCCGAGGCCCGGAAGCGCCAGCUGCGCCAGGAGCGCCGGCGGUGGCUCCAUCUGGCUCAACAGCUCCUGAGCCUCGAGGAUCAGGCCCCCAAGAAGGGGAAACCCCUCUCCGUCAAGCAGCUGGAGGAGAAACUCCGAGCGGAACUUCUCUGCCUAGCGACGGAGCCCGAGGAGCCCGGUCCGCCGAGGGACGUCAGGAAGACCCGAACUCGGGCCCGGGCCACGGAAGACGAGCCGACGUUCAAGCCCACCAUUAACCACAAGAUCCCCAACUUCAAGAAUCUACAGAAGCGUUUCCAGGAGCAGCUGAUGCAAAGGAAAGAUCAAGCGAAGCUGACCAUCUGUAAGCCUUUCCGUCUUCACUCUGCUAGCAGCUCCCGGACUUUUUCCACGGAGGAUAACAGCCAGGAUGGGGAAGAUCCUUUUCAUGAGGUCCGGCGCCUUUGGCGCUCACAUUGGAGGGCUCUGUCCUGCCCCGAGUUUGGUCCCCCUCUGAGUUGUCCGGUGAUGCACACCAAGACUUCGGAUAAGCGGCGAGAGGCCAACAGGCUGUUAUUGUCCGAAUGGGAACGUCGAGAACGGCAGGAGAAGCGUCGAGCCGAACUCCGCCGAGCCAAAGAGCAGCAAGUCCAGCGGGAUGUGGCCAGGUGCUUGGCCACGUACCGGCCCCCGGGAUGCUCGUCCGCGUCGCUCCAGAGAAGGCGGGAAGAUCUCAGGAGACAGGAGAAGCAGCGCAUGGAGGAAUACACUCUGCAGCUGCAGGCCAUGCGGGAGCGCGUGGAGAGCAGGCCGUACCUCUUUGAGAGAGUCAUGCAGGCCAACGCUCGGCAGGCCGUGGAGCGGCGGUUCUCCCAGGUCCUGGCCACGCUGGGCAUCGAGGAAGAGAUGCUGUGGAAGCAAGCGGGGCGGCCGUCCAGUGGCGUGGGCUCAGCCAAGGCCACGCACAGGAAGAGAGAGGUCCUUGAAGAUCUCGUGGAAUCAACGUGAGAGCCAAAAAAAGAGAGUUGCGGACGGAGGAGAGCGACAGAGGAUCGUACGGCGCACGGCCCGGCAUCUGUAUCCAGGCAGCACCUGAAAAAUAAAGCUAGCCUCAGA